AAAGCGUGAAAAAGAUCAAGGGCGAGCUCGAAAAGGACAACAGGCACGCAGAACGCGAUCAGCAUCUUUCUCCAGGAUUUGCUAAUUGUGCAUAGAGAUGUGGCCGAUCUGUGGAGCGAUGCUCUGCGAGCAUACAAGGGCAUUGUUGGCACAGAUCUACAGCCCAAGUUCGCAAAUGUCAAUGAGAUCAUUGCGUUCGGCACAAAAGAGAUGAACUCGUUCCACAAAUUCAGGCACAACCAGAAGAAGGUCGACAAACUCCGAAGCCUCUUCAUGGCGAAUAUCGGCUACAUCGAGACCGGAGCUCAACAACUGGUUGCCGCGGCCACUCCUGCUUUCCCGCCGGCAGCCGCGAUAGGCACAGCGUUGACUUAUAUGCUCAGUGCUUGCAAGCAAGUGUCUGCAGAUUAUGAUGCCGUCAAUGCAUUCUUCGAGGACAUGAAUGCAUUCUUGCAGAGGAUCACAAUUCUGGAAUCGCGACUGCCGGCGUAUCCUGCAUACCGCAACUGCCUGAUGGAUGUUUUCACAAGCAUUCUGAAGAUGUGCGGUUUCGCGACAAAAUACAUCGAGCUUGGAAGGUUAAAGAAGUGGGUAAUUAACAUGAUCAAAGGAGAAGACAGUGACCUGGGAGGCGCGCGAAAGGCAAUGGACACAAGUCUCAAUCGCUUACAGGCCGCGACAGAAUACGCUAUUCUCGGCAAUACGGAAGAGAAUAAUCGCAUGACAGUCGAGCUGCAGCAGAACCAGGAUUUGCAGACCGAGAUGAUCGAGAAUCAAACGAAAAUGCUCCAGAGCGUGCUUGAACACCAGGAAGAUGUCAAAAACGAUUUGAAGAAUAUUCAGAAGCUUCUCACCAUGUUCGAUCAGCGAAAUCGCGAUGUCGGGCUGCCGAGAGCAUCUAAAGCGGCGACCAAACCAGCAACCUCAAACCGAGUCCGUACCUUCUUCGAAGAUACAGUCGAUCCGGCAGUCCUGUACCAAGGUAUUAAGGAACGACUUCUGCCAGAUACCUGUCAGUGGCUAUUCGAGGAGAAGGCAUGGACCUCGUUCAUCGCACCAUCAACCACUCCCCGGGAGGGAAUGUCGAUUCUUGCGAUUGAGGCUCCGGCAGGUCAUGGCAAGAGCCACAUAGCAGUUUCGGUCUUCGAUCAUCUGACCAAGCAUGCUUCUGCGGACACAUGUGUGGCAAGCUUCUUCUUCCGCGAGCAGAAUUCUGUCGAUUUGACCACGUUCUGCAAUGCUGUUAAUUGGAUAGCGAUUCAGGUUGCGGAGCAGAACCCCGUUCUAUGCGAAAUGCUCAAUGCUGAGAUCCGGCGUGAGGACCUUGAUAUUGACAUUGAAAAAUGGCAGGAUGUCUGGAAACACCUGGUGGCUCCUCUCUUCCCGGCUGGCUCGUCUGCGAAGCUAUACAUCAUAUGGGAUGGCCUGGAUGAGCUUAUAUUUCGCGAAAAGAAAGAGCUUCUGGAAUUCUUCGAAGCAGCGAAAACUAUGGCCAACAGCAACAUUUCACUAAUAUGCACCACUCGUCCUGAUAAAGAAAUAGACGAACGUCUGCAGGCUGCGAGUGCAGAUUAUCUGCACGUCUCUUCACAGAAACAAGUGGCGGACUUACAACUACUCAUCUGGCAACACCUGAACGACGACGACCGCCUUAAACGUUUCUCCAAGUUUGCGAAGCAGAGCAUCGUCAGUGCUCUUGUGGAGAGGACAGACGGUAAACCCCCAUACGACUUCUUGUUCUGUGAACACAUCCUCAGACACUUCAACGCUGUAGGACGAGAGCCAUUAGUGCUUAAGCGGCUUAACUCGCUGCCUGAAAAUUGGCCUGCGCUCUAUAAACAGAUCCUCGAUGACAUGUUUCAUCACACUUCUGCGACCGCUCUGCCGGCUCUCAGGCUCUUGUUCAAAUGGCUCGCUUUCUCGGAUCGAGCACUGACACUCCAAGAAUGUCUUGGGCUGUUAAAGAUGCAUGGACUAGAUGCAUUCGAUCUGGAGAGAGAGCUUCAAGGCAAUUCUCUGUCGCGUUUCCUACGGCUUGCCCCAGCUGAAGAGCGCAAUGCCGCCGGCAUUUAUGUGGAGGAGCCGACACUGGAAGUGCUCAAUUCAGGUCAGACAGCCGAUGAGUCCAGUGUCAGUGACGGUGAUCACCCUCUGCGCUUUCACGAUCGGUCCACCCGCAGCUUUUUCGAAACAGCCCCACGAGAUGAACUUGGUUUACGCACCUAUGCGGAACAGGCGCACCGGGAGAUAUUCGUGCUGUGUUCACAGAUACUUUGUGGCAUGCAUCCGAAUGUCGACAAGGGACUGAAGAAAUACGCAGCAUCUGAGUGGACUUAUCAUCUUAGUUGGGCGAUGACCCAGGGUCAUUUCCCCGAAGCAGAAUUGCUUACAGUACUAGAGUCGAUGGUCGCAAUCAUGACCAAUCAUAACAAUGUUGCGGCUGUCUUUGAAGAGUUGGAUGUCGACUAUGACGAGCAACUUUGGGCAUUCCCGGACGACUAUUUGACGGGCACCUUGAAAUACUACAGCGACCUUGGAAUGAAACACGAAUCAAAGUUAUCUGCGGGUGCCCUGACCUUCUACCAGAAUGUGUUCGCAGAUACAAGCACAGCCUUCGUUCCACUGGCCAAGGCACACAUCUCCAAUUGGCUUCGCGCAAAGACAGACUCGACCCUCAAGCGGUCGUACACAUACGCGAGGCAGUGUAUUGCGCAGACCAAACUCAAAAAUCUAUUAGUCGAGAAGGACGCCGAUAGUGAAGCCACAGACGACGACGGCGAUGAGGAAGAUCGAGAAUAUGAUGAGACCGAGAUCAUCAACAUUUUCAACACAUUCAAAGAAACACCGAAGGAUGGCUAUGCUUACUUGGCACUUGCUACAUUCUUGGUGAACAACCGGUGCUUUGCUGAAAGUGAAGCUCGAGGCUAUGCUCUCCAAGCGAUCGAGCUUCUUCAAACUGAUCCGAGACGCUUCGAGGCCCAACUGGUUCUGGCGAAUGCUGACAUUAUACUAGACGAGCUCGAUGAAGCUCUGAACGCUGUUGACAUCGUCAUCAAGGAGCCUGAUAUCCCUCGAAGCCUACUGCGUCGUGCUUACACUACGCUGGCAAAUAUUCAAAAGGAGCAGGGCAAACUCGAAGAUGUUGCGAAAUCGUACGAAUUGGCGAGACAGGCUGAUCCGCAAGAGCCCAUGUCUGGAGAGGACCUAUAUGAUGAAUUCUACCUCUACUUGGAACAGCAGGCCGACGCGACUUUGAUCGACCGAGUUGGAAGCUGGAAGACUACAGAGAAGUUGACAAUCAUGACCUGGAGAUACGACGGCAGCGGUCAUACCGAGUUCUUCAUGGCUGCUGGAAGAAGCGGUAAGAUGGAUGCAGCAAUCAAGAUAUACGAAGAAGUAAUUGACCUCCUCAAUACCGUUGAAGCUGCAGCCCCCAUUCGCUGGGAGCUUGCGCGAGGUAAAUGGUUCAUCAAUGGCGACGCCGAGAGUGCCAAAGCCCUCUUGAACGAGAACCUGGACACGAUAUCAGAUGGAUACCAACUGAAAUUCACCGAGGAAGACCCUUCCACCACUCUCGGCGAAGCAAUCUUGCUUAUGGCCGAUAUCAUCUGGGAGCAAUACCGCAUAAGCUCCGAUCGUACAGUGAAAGCACAACUUUUCAACGAAAUCAAAAGCCUCACAAGCAGACCUUUGGCGACAUCGGUCGCAGUGUCAAAAUCUGACCUGAACCAUCACACUGUUAUUGUGUCCAAGAUGGCUCGGAAAAUGGCUACAGCGAAGGAAUUCCAGACAACAUUACAAAAUGCCUUUGAUGCUUGUUACGAGGCACUAGUGGAUGACAUUGGCUGGAAUGACUGGCUCAAUUUGAUCAAUAUGGCGAAGAUAGUCUCGCAACUCGACGGUCUGGAACGAGAGGCUGAAAUUUUGGUCUCUGCUCAGUUUUCGGAACUGGAUCCUCCUGCCGAACCGAAGGAUAAGGAUGAGAAAAAGCCCGCCUCUGAUGAAGCAGGGAAUGACGAUGCCAAUGAAGAUGCAGAGAGCGGCGCUGAUGAGGACAAUAGUACAGCAGGAUCUGCCGCUGACGACGAUGACGACGACACCAACGCCGAAGACACUGCCAGCAAUGGCGGAAGUGAUGCAAGCUCAAUCCCACCUGAUGACGCGGGAGAUUUGAAGAGUGGCUGGGUCGAAUGUGACGGCGACUGCAACCCGCACGCGACAUGGAAGUACUGGAAAGAAUCUCCCAUGUACGUCUGUAUGGUGUGCAGAGUUACCACCUUGUGCGGAGACUGUUUCGAGAAACGGCAAAAGUACAACGAGGACCCGUCAACGUGUCCUGUCAAAGGAAGUUAUUUCUGCGGGCGUGAUCACGCGUAUGUUGAAGGGCCUGUUGAUGGUUGGCAUGGGAUUACGAAUGGUGUUAUGAAUAUCGAUGGGGAAGAACCUAUUGAGUUCAGGGUGUGGUUGGAGGAGCUAAGGAACGAUAAGUGGGUGAAGGCGUGGGAGAGAUUCUGGUUGGAGGAGUAGGACGUUGAACCACGGGUCAGCUACUACAUGUACAGGCCGAAGUAGCUUUAUUCGCAAGCUCCAAGUAUGGUUGGUGUCCCACAGCUCAUGGUUGAUGUACACGUGCAAAUAUGCCAGCUGAUAGACACAAAUGCUUACCAAGGAGUGGUUAUCGCCUAUCACUCGUUCGCAGCGAAAAGGUUGAAGAUCAUCGAUCUGGACAGGCUAGCAGUCCGUCUCCGCAUGUACUGGGCCAGCAUUCGCGCUUC